AUGGCGCCCGGCAAGACAUUUCAGGCUCCAGAGAAACUGCCUGGUGAAUUCCACACAGAAUUACAGCUCGGUUCAGGGGCAGCAACGCCUUGUAUCCCAGCCCUCACGGGGAAUCUCUCGUUCCAGGGAAGCGUGACCUUCGAGGACGUCAGUGUGAACUUUACGCAGGAAGAAUGGCAGUGGCUGACCCCCAGGCAGAGGCGUUUGCACAGGGAUGUGAUGCUGGAGAACUACAGCAACGUGGUCUCCCUGGCCCAGCACGGCUGCCAGGGCCAAGAGGAAGCCAGCAAACCUGAGGUGAUCUUGAGGCUGGAGCGCGGAGAAGAGCCCUGGACGGUGGGAGGCGAGGGGCUGAGCAGCAGCGGACGAGAAGCGUGUGCUUGGAGACUCCAGGCAGUGGAGGAAGAUCUCAAGAGAGACGCUGCAUCAUCGAUCAAGAACGCAGCAGUGACCAAGCAGAAAGGCGUUGAACGGGAAGAAACACUUCCUUCAAACAGAGAUGAUACUACUUCAAGUCCCCCACUCAUAGACCAUGACCUGUUUGGGAGAGAUCUGGAACAGAGUGUGGAUAUGAAAAGCUGUGUAAAAAACAACUCUCAUGAAUCUAAGAGAUUCAGGAAAUUGGUUGGCCAUAAUGCAUCCAAACUGGCAGAGACACAAUUUGAAUGUGAUUUCUGUAGAAAGCUAUUCAGUUCCAAAGCAUGCCUUCUGAGUCACCUGCGGAUGCAUGCUGGGGAGAAAGCCUUUGAAUGCAGCAAAUGUGGAAAAGCAUUCAGUAAGCAGUGGAAGUUCAGUAAGCAUCAGAAAACUCACAUGGAGGAAAAGCCCUACGCAUGCGGUGAGUGUGGAAAAGCCUACAAGCAGAAGCUCAAUCUCAUCCAGCAUCAGAAAAGUCACACUGAAGAGAAACCCUAUAAAUGUAAGACCUGUGAGAAAGGCUUUUUCUGGAAGUCAUGCCUCAUUAAUCAUGAGAAAACUCAUAAUGCCAAGAAAGCCUAUGAAUGUAAUGAAUGUGGCAAAUCCUACAAGCAGUAUGCGACCCUCUUUCAACAUAAAAAAAUCCACACGGGGCAAAAACCCUAUGGGUGUAAGGACUGUGAAAAAACUUUCAUUUACAAGUCCGACCUUAUGAAACACCAGAGAAUACACACGGGAGAGAAACCCUAUAAAUGUAGCAUAUGUGAAAAGGCCUUUUCCCAGAAGUCAAAUGUCAUUGAUCAUGAGAAAAUUCAUUCUGGAGAGAGAGCUUAUGAGUGUGAUCUGUGUGGCAAUACCUUCAUCCAGAGGAAAAAUCUCAUUCAACAUAAGAAAAUCCAUACCGGAAAGAAACCCUUUGAAUGUGCUAGAUGUGGCAAAGCUUUUUUUCAGAAGUCAAACCUUCACAGUCAUCAGAAAAUUCAUGUUGGAGAAAGAGUCUAUGCAUGUAAUGAAUGUGGAAAAUCCUUCAGCCGGAAGCUAAACCUCAGUUUGCAUAAAAAAACGCAUAGUGGACAAAAGCCUUACAAAUGUUCUGAGUGUGGGAAAGCCUUUGCUGACAAGUCAUAUCUUCUGAGACACCAGAAGAGAAUUCAUAGCAAAUAA